AUGAAUAUCCCGGUGCUGCUACAUCCUCACCAGUGCUUCCUGAAAGGUCUUUUGCGAACACCUUUCCGACGUUACCACUUCAUCUUGCACUCAAGAACUCAUCUCGGAUUAGGAGGCCCAUGUGCUCGGCCAUUUGAUUCUCUUGGACUUCCUUGUACAAAGUGGAUGCUGCUGUCAAAUGGUUUAAAGAGACAGUUAUGUGUACAGACAACCUUAAAGGAACAGACAGAAGGACUUUCUGAUAAAGAACAAAGGCUUGUGGAUAAACUUUAUACUGGUCUAACCCAAGGGCAAAGGGCCUGUUUAGCAGAGGCCAUAACUCUUAUAGAAUCAACUCACCACAGGAAAAAAGAGCUGGCCCAGGUGCUUCUUCAGAAAGUAUUGGCCUACCACAAAGAACAGGAACAAUUAAAUAAAGGAAAGCCACGGGCAUUUCGAGUGGGAUUGUCUGGGCCCCCUGGUGCCGGAAAAUCAACCUUUAUAGAAUAUUUUGGAAAGAUGCUUACUGAGAGAGGGCACAAAUUGUCUGUGCUGGCUGUGGACCCUUCUUCUUGUACCAGUGGUGGAUCACUCUUGGGGGAUAAAACCCGAAUGACUGAGUUAUCAAGAGAUAUGAAUGCAUACAUCAGACCAUCUCCUACUAGAGGAACUUUGGGAGGCGUGACAAGGACUACUAAUGAAGCUAUUCUGUUGUGUGAAGGAGGGGGAUAUGACAUCAUUCUUAUUGAAACUGUAGGUGUGGGUCAAUCGGAAUUUGCCGUUGCUGAUAUGGUUGACAUGUUUGUUUUACUGCUGCCACCAGCAGGAGGGGAUGAAUUGCAGGGUAUCAAAAGAGGUAUUAUUGAGAUGGCAGAUCUGGUAGCUAUCACCAAGUCUGAUGGAGACUUGAUUGUGCCAGCUCGGAGGAUACAAGCAGAGUAUGUGAGUGCACUGAAAUUACUCCGCAAGCGUUCAGAAGUCUGGAGACCAAGGGUAGUUCGUAUUUCUUCCAGAACUGGAGAGGGGAUCGCUGAGAUGUGGGAUAAAAUGAGAGAAUUCCAGGAACUGAUGCUUGCCAGUGGAGAGCUGACAUCCAAACGACAGAAGCAGCAGAAAAUCUGGAUGUGGAAUCUCAUUCAGGAGAGCGUGCUAGAACACUUCAGGACCCACCCCACCGUGCGGGGCCAGAUUCCUCUCCUGGAAAGGAAGGUGCUCAGCGGGGCCCUCUCCCCAGGGCUAGCGGCAGACUUGUUGCUGAAAGCUUUUAAAGCAGAGACUAAUGAGAUGUAG